UCGGUCCCUGGGCCGUGGGUUGCCCCGCCUCCGGCCUUCAGCAGGCCCAUGGAGCCGGCCGGAGAGGAGGAGAUGGGGGCCUGGGUGCGAAUCCGGGUGGCCGUGCAGCCUGCCGAGGAGGAGGAGGAGGAGGAAGAAGAAGAAGAAGGAUCCGGGGCUGCCACCCAAGAGGGCACCCGCUGUCAUCUCAGUGCCAGCGAGGAAGAACCAGGCCGCAGCCACAGCGGCGCGGCCACGAGCGGGGGAGAGAACGACGGGGACGAUGCGGACCCCGCCUGGACGCCCCCAGAGCCCGAGCUCAUCAGGAAGCUGGUGGACCAGAUCGAAUUUUACUUUUCGGACGAGAACCUGGAGAGAGACGCCUUCCUGCUGAAGCACGUCCGCAGGAACAAGAGGGGCUUCGUCAGCAUCAAACUCCUCACGUCUUUCAAAAAGGUGAAGCACCUGACCCGGGACUGGCGCGCCACGGCCCACGCCCUGCACCACUCGGCCGCGCUGGAGCUGGACGCGGACGGGCGCAAGGUCCGCCGCCGGGCACCGGUGCCCGCCUUCCCCGCGGAGCACCUCCCGGGGAAGCUGCUGCUGGCCCACCACCUGCACCGACUCCCCGGGCCCGCGGAGGACGGGGCGAGGCGGGAGUGGCUCCUGGCCCACCUGCUCGGCCUCUUCGGCGCCUUCGGCCCCAUCGCGGCCGUGAGGCUGCUGCGGCCCGGGGAGGAGCCGCCCCCCGACCUCAGGCGCCUCGGCGGCCGCUACGACGGGGUGAGCGACACCGAGUGCGCCCUCGUGGAGUUCGAGGAGGAGCACGCGGCCGCCCGCGCCCACGAGGCCCUGGGCUCCGCAGGCCCCGGGGUGCGGGUGGUGCUGAUCGGCACGAAGCCCCCCAAGAAGAAGAAGAAGAAGGAGCCCAAGCCCCAGCACGGGGACCCCGGCCCGCACGGGCCUUCGCGCCCCAAGUCGCUCAACCGGCGCCUGGAGGCCCUGCAGUCCGGCGGCGACGAGUCCUCGGCCAACAGCUCGUCCGAGCCGGACAGCAACCCCGCCUCGCCCCGGGCGGCUCGCCACGCCCGCGGACCCCUGCGGCUCGGCGCCCCCAAGUCCCCCCUGGCCGAGGCCGCCGCCGCCGGACGCCUGUGCCCCGAGCCCCCGCCGGGCACCGACUACUCGUCCGACAGCAGCAUCACCCCGUCCGGCAGCCCCUGGGUCCGCCGCCGCCGCCAGGCCCGGGCCGACGCGCGGGAGCCGAGCCCCGGGGCCAGUCCCCUGCUCCCGCGCCGCCCGCCGCCCAGCGACGGAUGUCCGGUCGGGGUCCUGCGCCUCCCCCGGGGUCCCGACGGCUCCAGGGGCUUCCGCGACAGGCCGGAGCCAAGGGGGACGAUGCCCGCACCCGGCUCCGGCCCCAGGCCUUUUGAGAACUAACCCCCCCCCCGGGUCUCGGGAUAAGCGGAGCAUCGUGGCGUAGUGGAAAAA